ACUGUUUGAGAUAAAUCAAGCACCCGGAGAAGAAACGGCUGAAAUUUAUUUCAUUUAGUUUUAUUUUCAUAAAUAAAGCGCAAAACAUAUUCUAAGAAAUAAGAUAAACUAAUCGGACUUUUUUUGACGAUUUUACAAGUAAGAAAAACUAUGUCACUUACGUUUGUAAAAGUUUCUUUGUUCUUACUUUUUAUAAGACAGUGUUCAUUGUUUAGUUUUGAGUAUGCCUUAAAAAAAGUUGAUAGUUUUGAAGCUAGAGUGGUUGCUCUGGAGACGGCGGAUAGAUUAAAGCGUCUUGAAAUCGAUGAGAUUUAUGUUCAGUUUUCUGAAUUCGACAAGAAAUUGAGAGCAAUGAACGUGUCAUUAAUUUCGGCAAAUAUAAGUAAGGACGUAAAAAACUGUAAUAAUUCAGUUGUUAGUACAGAUGGACAUUCAGCUAGUAACCUGGUUAAAGGAAUGGCUGCGGAGAAGCUGAUGAGCUACAAGAAGAGAACGAAUCUUGAGAGAUUUAUAAGUUACUUACAAAAUGUAUUUAGCGACCGCAAAAAUAAAUUUGAACAGAUGACAAAAAUGUUAAAGAGUGAAAUUGAUCAAAAUAGAGAAAAUCUGAUAAAUGGACAAGCUUUAUUGGCAGACACAUGUGAUGCCAUAAAAGAAGGUUAUAGAAAUGAAAUGGCCUCUUUAAAGGCUGAAUUUGAGAAUUCACAGAAGGAAAUGAAGAAUCUAGAGAGGUUGAUAAGUUCCUUAAAAAAUGUAUUUAGCGACCACGAGAAUAAGUUUGAAGAGAUGACAAAAAUGUUAAAAAGUGAAAUUGAUCAAAACAGAGAAAAUCUGAAAAAUGGCCAAGCUUUACUUGCAGACACAUGUAAAACAGUAAAAGAAGGAUAUAGAAAUGAAAUGGACUCUUUAAAGGCUGAAUUUGAGCAUUCACAGAAGGAAAUGAAGAACGAAACAAACUUUUUAAAAGACGUAACAAAAAAUCAAAGGGCUAUCAAGAUAAAAUCAUGCGUAGAUUUAUUAAGUCAAAAACAGUUCGCGAUCGUAAGUGGCAUUUAUGAGCUCCAUAAUGGUCUGAAAGUUUAUUGUGACCAAACUACUGAUGGGGGAGGUUGGAUAGUUUUUCAGCGUCGUGAAGAUGGAAGUGUCAAUUUUGAACGCACAUGGAAUAACUACAAAGCUGGAUUUGGAGAUUUAUUGCACGAGUUUUGGCUAGGAAACGAUAAUUUACAAGUCCUUACAGAACAUGGUAACCACGAGUUACGUAUAGAUAUGGAGGACUUUGAAGGUAAUAAGGCUUAUGCUAAGUACAGCCAUUUCAAAGUUUAUAGAGAAGUUGCUAAGUACAGGCUUAUAGUGAGUGGGUAUAGUGGAAAUGCUGGCGAUUCUCUCAUCAAACAUAACGGAAAGGCAUUUUCUACAGUUGACAGGGAUAAUGAACAGUACCCUGGCAAUUGCGCGAAGAGGUACAGAGGUGCAUGGUGGUAUCAUUCAGGCUGUCACCAUUCAAAUCUCAACGGAUUUUACUACCAGGGGUCGGGUUCACCACGUGGUAAAGGUGUAAUAUGGUAUUAUUGGAAAAAAUCUCAAACAUAUUCCCUUAAAUUUGUCGAGAUGAAGCUCCGAUCAACUUAAUCUUAUUCAUGUUUUGUAAUAGAAUAGAGAUUCAUAGAUAUUGGAAUAGUACAAAAAUGUAUACAUCUUCGCCUGUACAUGUGUCUAACUAAUGAAUGUUCACAAAUACAUUUUGCAAUGUGUUAAUGCAAACAAUCACGCAGAGUUAAUGCUACAUAAUGAAGCUAGUUCUGAAAAAAAGAGUACAAAUACACGAUUAAAUAAAUGCAUUAACUCAUUCAGUUGUACAUUUUUGUAUAUCAUAGAGGGCAUCAUAGGAGACAUUCAUUGGAAUACUCUAUAAUGUCUUACAUUUAGAUGAAUGCCUGGUAAAAUAAAAACUAUAAGAAGUGUAACGUGAUGUAACAUAAUAAAA